AUGUGGCCGACUGUGUGUGUGUCUAUGUCUAAGCCGUCUGUCUUUUCUAUAUUUGUCUAGCGAUAUCUAUGUUUAUAUCUUUCACUUUAAAUAUAAUCGGCGUCCCCGGAUUAUUAUCCUUUCCCCAGUUAUCCUCCAGGAGAAGACGUAAAGGGGAAACUUUUUGUGCCAAUCAGCGACUGCUCUCACUGCCCGUAACCAUGCGUUCACAGGACGCCGGUCUGAACGUCAACAUUUUCGGAUAAAGGUGGGGAAUAACCGGAAAUUAACUUGGAAAUUAAACAUCUCAUCCAGUCUUUCUUCUGAACUGUAACGCAUUUAUGAAGACUGGUGUUUUGAAACCAUCUCAACUUUGUUUUCAUGACAACUGAUUUGUAAGCACUUUACUGAUCUAGAACUUUGGAGUCAGCUAAAAGUUAGAAAAAGUCCUGAAAAGUGACAGCUUCAGCUAAAUUAUGUUAAACUCGGAGCAGACCGAGAUCCCUGUCCACUCAGAGACUGAAUCUGUAUUUAGUGAUUGUGGUGGAGGAGGUGGCCUAAACGAUAUCAGUGGGAUCAGCUUGUGCGGAGAAACACGUAUUUGUGAAGCUGGUGAUGCUGUAAAAAGGGAGCUUCAGCACUUAACCCGAGAAGAACGACGCCGGCGGAGGAGGGCAACGACUAAAUACCGUACGGCGCAUGCAACAAGGGAGCGUAUCAGAGUGGAAGCUUUCAACUUGGCAUUUGCAGAACUGCGCAAGCUUCUCCCAACUCUACCCCCAGACAAGAAACUAUCCAAAAUUGAGAUCCUUAGGUUGGCCAUCUGCUACAUCUCCUAUCUCAACCAUGUUUUGGAUGUGUGAACUCUGACAGAGCUCCUCUAAGGAAUGAAUGUUUCUUGGACUUUAUGUAUGUGCUGCUUCUUUCAGCUAUAAACUAGGGUCUUACGACAGUGAAGUAUCAAUGGGACCAUAUAAUUAUCUCUGUCGAAAAAAAUUUCAGUCCCCUGUGAAUGUAAAACACCUUCUCCAUCAACCUAAUUUUCCUAAACUUGUUCCAUCUACACAUCACCAAUAGGGUUUUUUUUCGUAAUCUGUUCCUUUAGAUUUAAUAUCUAAGACUAUGUAUAUCUUCUUUAUGUACGAAGGACACAUCAUUCAAGUCUUAAUGACACGCGCUUUCUGGUCUUAGUGGUGAUGAUUCAUAUAACUUUGGAAAUUUCGAAAGACCAUAAGGUCUAGUUCAUGGACAUCCCGUUGCUCAGUCAAGUUUCUCGGUGUCCUCUAAAUUAAUAGACAUAUUGAGAACCAAGGCUCUUGAGCAACAGGCAUUGUGAGUUUUUUUGAGAGUGACACCAUCUUUAUUUUUAUUUGCACUUCUAUAUGACAACUCAUCAAGUGAUCUGCUAUGGUCAACAAGCAAGAACGCAAGCAAGAAAGUUCCAAAAUGCUAUACCCUUUUAGCGGAAGCCAUGAUGUGUCUGGUCAUCUAUACAAUGCUCUAGACAUGAUGGGCAGCCUGAAUUACGCUCUUCUUGCCUCAUAAUGUUAUAUAAUAACAAAAAUACCCUAAUUCAUAGGCCUUAGGAGUUGGACUACGAUACUGUUAACAGCUAGACCAUUACUGUUCUAUAAAUCAUUGUGUCUGUUCAUGAAACAAGACAACUUAGAAGUGUAUGACCUUUUUUAGAAGUCUCUAAUGACCACCAUGCCAACUGCAGCGUAGAGCAGCCUAAACAUUCUAUAAAACCAGAGCUAGAUGUGGUGUUCUAUUGUAGGUGACAGAGAUAGACGUAACAAAGACAUUUCUAGAAACAAAUUCCAUUUUAUGACUGAUUAAAGUUCAGUGUGUGUGCACUUUUAUUUUCAGGGAUUAAAAACUACAAUAUAUUUUAUGGGGAUAUUUUCAUUAUAUCCCCCUUGAUUGUUGACUUAUGUCUCUGUAGCUGUCUUCAACCUAAAAGUCCCUUAUAUUGCCAUCAGCUUGCCUAAUCAACUCUAGUUUGAUUAAGAAAAUAAUUUUUAAUAUUUUGAUUCUAUUAACAAUACUGUCGGUGCAGUUACCAAGAAGGGUAGGCAUGUUUUUUACCUGAUUUGUAAAUAAUACACCACCUACAUUAGAGGUCUCAAACCCUUCAUAUAUAUAUAUCUACAUAUCUAGGAUCAUACAAUGUUGUUUUUUUUAAAAUAAAUUAGGAAAUUGUGUUUUCUUCUUGUGGCUAGUGAUGGGCGAAUCUGUGGCGUUUCGAUUCACCACCAAUUUUGAGGCGAGCGACAAUUUUUAUGCAAGCAACUAUUUGGUCCAAAUGCAUUAACGUUAAUGGCCAUCUGAAUAAUUUUGACGAACGCCAUUUUUUUUUGACACAGCGGAUUUUUCAACUGCGAAUUUCCGCCACAAUUUGCCCGUGGCCAAAUGCGUAAAGUCGUUGUGAAUUCGUGUCUGUCGAAUUUAUUCGCCCCUCACUACUUGUGGCCCAUUUUAUAAAACAAAAAUAUCCUGGGCAACUCUUUAAAAUUGCUCUUUGCUGCUCUUUUUUUUUUUUGAAUCUCACUAUUUUUAGUCACUUGCCAAAAAACAUUUUAUCAGAAAUAUAUUCAAAAUUAAUUACCAUCUAGAAAAGCCAGAAAUUUGGGGCUGAUGCAACGAUGUAGGUAUUGAACAACUCCAGGAGCCAAUCAGGUAUUUGAUUUCUCUUUCUAAAGUGAUUAUAACUGACUGCUGAUUGGUUGCUCUUGGUAACUGCAUUGGGUAGUUUGCACCUAUUGUAGAAAAUCAGCCCAUGCAUGUUAAUAUUAUUUUGUAUACUAUAGAGAACAGCCAAAUGUUGCCACCCAACAGUCUCUCCUUGAUAAAGUUUUGUAUAUGUUUGUCCAUUACCUUUAGCCACUACAUCUUUCAGGGUUGUGAAGUCAGCGUGCCAGGGAUGUAUUUAUUUAUUUAUAUAUUUAUUUAUUUACUGUGAUGUGCACUUUUUACCGGAUAAAAAAAGAGAUUCCGUGAUGUAAUUGGUUUACUGGCCUUAGAGCAAAGAAACAACAGGGUUGCGCUCAAAAACUUACCUCCGUUCCACGGCCUAAAAAUGUCCAUUUGCUCUGCAGGUGUGUUUCUGACAAGUCUAAAUAAGCCCUUAAAGUUGAAAUCUGUACAUAUUUUUCUGUGUUUCGAGUGAAUGCGAAUUAUUUAUGAUUUGGUAAGAAAGAAUUCAGAAGGAUCCAAUUAAAAAAUAUUAUUUCAAAGA